CAUCCGUCUGAAGUGGAAGAUGGAACCAUAAGUUAACACCCCAUCAGCACCCCUUUUGUGCGGCUGCUGCAUUAGCAAACACGAGGGUCUACGGAGAAAGUAGGACAUUCUAGGGCCUAAUUGACAUGACUCCGCACGAACAAUAUCGGCGCCAGUGUCUGACAUGACAGCAAUUGCGAUGCAAAAUUCCGGCACAAUAAAGCUUGUGUUGUUGGUCUCGCUGCUAGCUUCGGCUUUCCUCAGCGCCGCCGGGGACGGCGCGAUCCCGCCCCGCAGGAAUCUCAUCAUUGACACCGAUCUUUUUAGCGACGUGGACGACGCAGGCGCCAUAAUGCUUGCGGCGACCUCGCCGUCGGUGCGCCUGCUGGCGGUCAACGUCAACCACCCUUCCUCGUACUCCGUUCUGGCCGCAUCGGCCCUCUUGGCUCACUACGGCCACCCCCAGACUCCCGUAGGGGCUAGGCGCCCGCUCACGGCUGCCGCCUUCUUCGAUUCCUGGUUCUUCGAGCUAGGCGAGUACGCCAGCAAGGUCGCCUAUCGCUGGUCGGGAGGCACCUUGCCCUGGGGCCACGCUGAAAACUCCUGGGACCCCGUUGCGCUCUACCGGAAAGUCUUGUCUGAGGCCCCGGACCAGAGCGUCACUAUUGCUUCCAUUGGAUUCUUUGAAAAUCUGUCCGGCCUCUUGAAUUCCUCGGCAGACAUCUAUUCCACCCUCUCGGGCCCCGAACUGAUUGCCGCCAAAGUUUCAGAGCUGGUUGUAAUGGGCGGGGAAUAUCCAUCUGGAUACGAGUUCAAUUUCUGGGGCGACAAUUCUUCUCUUGCAGCCCACGUUGUGAACGAAUGGAAAGGCCCCAUUGUUUUCUCCGGCUUCGAACUCGGCGCCAAUGUCAAGUCGGGAGGACCUCUUAUGGCUGAGGGCCCGGAAAACGACCCGGUCCGGGCCGCUUAUAUCUACUACACCUACAACACCUCUCGUGCCUCUUGGGAUCCCCUGACUGUCUUGUAUGCCAUGGGCGGCCUGGGGGAGCUCUUCGAAUAUGGAAAUACCAACGGGUACAACCAUGUAGUCGCAAACGGCUCGAAUUCGUGGGUGUUUGACGACGCUAUCAGGAACCAGCAUUGGCUCAGACUAAGGGUUGCAGAAGAGGCUGCCGCCGCGGAACUGGACCGUCUCUUUCUGAAGGGGGCGUGGUCCGUACCGGAUCAAGUUGCAUCUAUGGAGUCUGGCCACUUCGACCAGCACUUUUCGAGUCUACCUCCGGACCGAUUGGCGGCGAUGUGAACAUAGAAAUCGCCUCGCGAAUUAACCUAGUAUUAAGCAACUUUGGAGAAUUUGGGGUCAUGUUGCCCUCUUCUCGCACUGUCGAUUAAACACCAGCGGUGUACCAUGGCAUUGACGUUUUGCAAUACAUUAUACAAGGUGUGACAUUGGCCACAACCUUCCUUCGCGCGUGAAAUUUGGUGUUUUUUGUAACUAAUUAUUGUGGCAGGAUCUUGUUAUGUACAUUUUAUCGUGUCUGCAUCUAAUUAACGCGU